CAGCGGAGAGUUUCGGAUGUUAAGCGAUAAUUAACAAAAACAUCACAAAUAACUCAGAUCUGUGAGUUUAUUAUGUUAGUCCCUAUCAUGAGUCAGAACAUUGUUGAGGGAUCAAACUCAAUGAUUACCACAAUGUUCUGUUAGUCCGUACCUUGAUAAGCUCAACGACAUAUUAUUGAUAAUUUCCGGGCAAACUUCGACUAAGCCAAGCAAAAUAAUUAUGGCAGCGUGCAGAAGUACAAAGCUCUUUAGGAUUUCAAGGAUAAAUAUUUCUAAUGAAAGGUUUGUGGAAAAAUCUCUCGGAUUUGGCGGGGCAAGACAUCUAUCCGUAUAUAAAAACAAGACAUGUGAUGUUAAAUUUUCAACGAAUAACCUGGAACCCAAGACCUCAACCAGACGACACGGAGGUUGCUGGUUCCCAAUCUCACACUUUUGCUCUAGCGGCAAGUACUCAUUAAAUCAAGAUAAUUUUAACAAUCUAAACAACAAAGGUUCCCCGCCAGACAUUGCCGAGUACAUUGGCCAGCCAAUCCAUGCCACCCACCCGCAUCUGGUGGGAGAUGGAGAACUGACACCUGGAAUUACGAAAAAAGAGUACAAAGACCGGAGACACAAACUCAUGAGCUUGCUGUACAAUACUCAUUUUGGAGAAUUGCAUGACAAACACCUUGUCAUCAUACCAGGAAAUCCAAACCAGUUCAUGUCUACCGACAUACCGUAUCCAUUCAGGCAGAACACAGACUUCUUGUACCUCACUGGUUUUCAAGAACCGGAUGCUGUGCUACUCUUAGAGAGUAAGGAUGGCCUCUCAAUGCCAUACCACGAAAGCUUACUUUUUGUCAGACCUCGAGACAAAAAAAGAGAAAUGUGGGAAGGUUCCCGUGCUGGUAUUCAGGGUGCAAUCAACAUAUUUGGUGCAGACGAGGCAUAUUCUGUGAACGACUUAUCAUCUAUUCUACAAGAAAGGUAUGGUGGUAAAGGCUACUGCAUCUGGUAUGAUCAUAUUCGCACAACAAACCCCCUACUCCAUGCCGAAAUAAGCGGAGUACUUUUCAAGACUCCAGAAUUCACCUUUAAACGUCUACUGUCCCUCGGCCAUAAACUUCACAUGUUGAGGCUGAUCAAGUCGCCUGCUGAGAUUGCGCUGCUGCGGAAGUCCGCCUCUGUCGCUGCACAAUCCAUCACUAAAGUGAUGCAAAAUACUCGUCCUGGCAUGGAGGAGUCACGGGCUCAUGCCCUGAUGGAGUACGAGUGUCGGAUGCAGGGGGCAGAUAGACUUGCAUACCCCCCUGUGGUGGCUGGAGGGGCCCUGGCCAACACCCUACAUUACAUUAACAACACUCAAGUACUAAGAGAUGGUGAUCUAGUGCUGAUGGAUUCCGGAUGUGAGUACCAUGGCUACGCCAGUGAUAUCACUCGCACAUGGCCAGUCAACGGGACCUUCACAGGACCUCAGAGAGAGCUUUAUGAUAUUGUACUAGAAGUGCAAAAAACUUGUAUUUCGCUUUGCCACAAAGACAUUACACUUGACUACCUACACACAGUCAUGCUCACUUUACUAGCUGAAGGACUCGUAAAGGCCGGCAUUCUACCAAAUAACUUGACCGAGUCCCAAACAAAACAGGUUGCUGUUGAGUUGUGUCCUCACCAUGUAGGCCACUACCUCGGCAUGGAUGUACACGACACCCACCUUGUGAGCCGCAGCCUAAGUAUGCAGCCAGGAAUGGUGGUUACCAUAGAACCUGGACUGUAUAUCAACAGCAACAACAAGAUUAUUGAUAAAAGGUACCAUGGAAUUGGUAUUCGCAUUGAGGAUGAUAUUCUCAUAACAGAAGAAGGCCAAGAGGUUCUAAGUGCAGAGUGUCCCAAGGAUCCAGAGGAGAUCGAGAAGCUUAUGAGAAGAUAGCAGGUUACAACGUAUUUAACUGAUUAGACAUACUAGGUGUGGAUCCUCACUACACAUAAAACCAGUGUAUUUUUUAUUAAUGUUACAAUUAUGUACAGUACAAUUUUAGUCUUAAUCAUUUUCUUAUUUCUUCUUUUUUGAGCGCUUUCCCUCUCCUGUACAAGAUAAACAGAAAACAGUUUUUAGUAGAAGGCUUUUUUUUUCAAAUUUUGUCUUUACUAAUUAAAAGUAAUCAGUUCUGUUUGUGGAAUUGGGCUUUAUGUACCAUACCACCCUUUGUAUUACCAUGCUGCCACCCCAGAAAACCUCAAACUGCAAACAAUAUUCUUUCAAUCAGAAGUUUUGAUCUUAUACAUGUUUGUGUUUUCAAACAGGCAACAAAACUCAUUGAUUCACGAAUUUCAAUUUUAAAAUUUUUAUUUCAAGGGAAGAAUCAUCUGAGUCUAUAAGUUUUAUGGACUUUGGAUCGUUGUAAUAGAACAAAAUUUAAUAGUAAAUAGGACAGAAAAAGGUACUGAGGUAAUUAUAGACUAUUAAUAGAUUUUUGUCUUCCAUGGUACUGUAAAUAAUAAAUAGGUAGUUCAACUAGCAAGGAAAGGUAAUUUAAUAAAUUUAUAGUAUUUGUAA